AUGACAAAGCUCAACCAACUAAGGAAGAAGCGGGACAAAGCUAGAAGGGUGCUUGUUAAUGCACUAGAACCUGAAGAGGACUCAAUUCGCACCUUCAAUAGCCAACAAGACAAACCGUCAGCCUACGAACAAAUAGCAAGUCGACUGUCGCGCCUACAUCGACUAGAAGAAGACUCUAUCGCCGCGCAUCGUGAAUUGUACGACCACUUAGAAGUAGAUGAUCCAGAAUUCGACGAGGUUAUAAAGGAUAACCAGGAACUGUCCAACAGAUGUGCUCGGGUCGAUUCGUUCGUGGAGAAACAUCGAGUUGUUUACAAUCAAUCGCAACAAAGUCAAAUCAACGCCAGCGCGCGUAACCAGUCUCAUAAUUCUGCGGACCAACAUGUUCAAUUCCCACCAUCACUGACAUACAGAUCGUCUAUGCAACUACCUAAAUUGGAAAUCCCUAAAUUCAGCGGAGACGCACUCGAGUGGAACCAGUUUCACGACAAUUUCUCAUCUGCGAUCGACAGUGAUGACCGAUUAUCCGAAGUUCAGAAACUCACCUAUUUGAAGAGUUUCCUCACAGACGAGGCCAAACGGACAAUAGAUGGCUUACAAACUACACAAGCCAACUAUAAAAUCGCCUUCGAUUUAUUGAAAGAGCGCUACGGACAACCCAAGAUGAUUAUCGACGCUCACAUGCGGUCACUUUGGGCGCUACCGGCACCGAACAACGAUCCCACGAGUCUGCGACGCUUCCACGAUGAGGUCGAGACUACUAUACGCGGUCUACGAGUUCUACACAUGAACGAGAGCAGUUACGGAGCUCUUUUGAUCCCCAUGUUGUUGGAUAAAUUGCCAAUUACCUUCCAACAACAACUCGCACGCAAUCACGGGGAUGACGAUUGGACACUCACCGAACUGACCGCUGCUAUGCGAGCAGAAAUACGAGCUCUCUCUGUCGGCAAUAAAUUCUCUACACUUUCCUGUGACGAUGAAACUGAUACAAAGUCUACAGUUGCCGCCUUCUACACAAAUACACACGCGAAGAAACCCCACAAACCGAGAAAACCCGCCUACAAGCCGCCCGCUGAACGUAAAUGCGUCUACUGCCAAGAAAUGCACAACCCGACUUCAUGCGUCAAAGUGGCCACCCCAGAACUAAGAUUGCAGUAUGUCAAAACCAAUCAGCUGUGCUUUAACUGUUUGGGAUCUCAUAAAGCCAACUCCUGUAAGUCAAAGUAUAGUUGCAAAAUAUGUAAGAAGCGACACCAUACUUCGCUACAUCGUCAUAACAAACAAUCGAACGACAAUAGCUCAAACAAUUCAGGCUCUGAAACUCCCCCUGUGAGUGUGAAUUUUACCCACGCUUCGCAGAAAUUGGCGAACCGAAGCGAUCGGUACUCAGGCGAUCGUAAUAUUACACCGAGUAAUCCCCCAAACCGUGUGUUGUUAAAAACAGCUACUAUUCCAGUCUCUUACCGUGGUAAAAUGGUCUACGCUACAGCUCUGUUUGAUGAAGGAGCCGAUCGUAGUUUUGUGACUCACAAUCUCGCCCAAAGGCUUAACGCCAACGUACAUUUCACUGAACAACUCAGAUUGAAGUCGUUCAACAACCCGGAUGCCGAAUGCAAAUCCGUGCCAUGUACUACGUUACAACUACAUACUAGAGACGGACAGAAAAAGCCCAUCGAUGUUCUAUACGUUAAGGAAAUUUCCGAUAAGCUCACUAAUGUUGUGACAACCAAUAUUACCAACAUGCCCCAUUUGCGAGGAUUAAAUCUAGCCCAAAAACCGAUGCCCAGCGAGUCUACUAUAAGAAUAGACAUUCUGAUUGGAGCCGACAAGUACUGGGACUAUGUCCGUAAUCAUGUUAUUAGAGGCCCGGGACCCACCGCCGUCGAUUCCGUAUUCGGAUAUUUACUUUCGGGGCCUGUCGACCGAAACCACGUAACACGCGCCGCGGCGUUCACUGGUCAAACACACGUACGAAAUACGCGCUCCAAUAGUGUAACCGCUUUCCAUUUCACCGCCGAAAUACAAGCACUACGAACUAGUCAGGUGUUAGACAAGAACAUUGCAUCAUUUUGGGACUUAGAAUCUAUAGGGAUCCGUGAACAAAUCAAUCAAGAUCCAGUAACAGUUGGUCACACAGAACAGUACAAGCAGUAUAGUCAAAACUGCUUGGACGUAGUCAAUGGUCGAUUUAGCGCCAAAUUGCCAUGGAAACCAAAUCACGAUCCCCUGCCAACUAACUACUACGCAACUGAACAGCGCACGCGAAACAUGGUACGAAAAUUACCACGUGACAUUAUUCAGGCGUAUGAUAAGGUGAUUACCGAUCAGCUGGAUAAAGGUUACAUAGAGAAAGUUGUACCGGACAAUAACAAUACAGGUCACUAUCUACCGCAUAGGGCAAUAAAACGAGAAAGUUCUGCCUCCACCCCAAUUCGUGUCGUCUAUGAUUGCAGUGCUAAAUCUGGGGCCGGUCAACCGAGUUUGAAUGAUUGUUUAGAGAUAGGCCCUCACUUGUUGAACGACCUCACUGGUAUCCUACUGCGCUUCAGAGCGAAUCCGGUUGCCAUAACAAGUGACAUUGAAAAGGCCUUUCUACAAAUUGGAUUAAGUACAGAAGACCGCCAAUACACUAAGUUCUUAUGGCUAUCGGACAUCAAAGACGUCAACAGCGACUUUUCUACUUAUCAAUUUUGUUCUGUUUUAUUUGGUGCAAGUCCAAGCCCGUUCAUAUUAAACGCGGCCAUCAAAACACUCAUCGACAAUAACACUGACGUACCAGCCGCGAAUGAUCUUCAACAGAACAUUUACGUAGACGAUGUCGUAACCGGGAGCACAAACACGAGUGAAGCCAUCCAAUACUAUCACGAUGCGACACAGUUAUUGGCUACACGCGGGUUCAACUUAAGAAGUUGGAGUUCUAAUGACGCUGCUAUACGCGAACUCGCCGCCCAUGAUGGACGGGGGAAAUCCGAUAACCCCGUGACAGUUCUCGGUAUGAAAUGGGACACAAAUCGCGACAUACUACAAUGUAAACAAAUCGAGUUGCCUAGUAACGACCCACUGAUUACCAAACGUGACAUUGUUAGUUACACCGCUAGUUUGUAUGACCCAUUGGGUUUGUUGACGCCCGCGCAUAUCGCCGCUAAACGAUUAAUACAAACGUUAUGGAAACAGAAUCAACACUGGGACACUCCUAUCUCUGAUAAGUUACGCAACGAUUGGGAAGUAAUCGCCGAAAACCUCCACUCCGCCUCCAAGAUAAACGUGAGAAGACGCUAUUUCAAUGAAACGGACACUACUGUCAACAACGAAGUUGAAAUACAUGCGUUCGCGGAUGCGUCUGACAAAGCAUACGGUGGAGUUGUAUACGUAAAAUCAGGAAAUGGAACUUCGCUCGCCAUGUCUAAGACACGCGUAACUCCAGUAAAUAACCAGACAUUGACCUUACCAAGGUUAGAAUUGAUGGGAGCCGUAAUUGCUACGCGGUUGAGCAAAUUUGUAUCUACAGCACUGUCUACAAAGUAUAAUGUUGCAAAACAGUUUCUCUGGUCGGACUCACAGAUCGUUUUGCACUGGUUAAAUGCACGCGGAAAACAGGACACUUUCACUGCAAAUCGCGUAAGUGAAAUCGUCAGUUUACCACAAGAGUUUAAGUACGUGCCGACCAAAUGCAAUCCAGCAGACCUGCUUACUCGCGGUAUCACCUCCAAGGAAUUACGCGAUUCUGAAUUGUGGUGGAAAGGUCCUCCGUGGCUGGGAAAUCGUGAUUCUUGGCCAACAUGCGAGUUGUUUGACAAGCCAAACAUAUCUGUCAAUCACGUAGCAUUGACACCAACUGGGGACAUCGAUUUCGCGCCGCUAGUUCAUCAGGAUAUCCCCGCUACCUAUGUCAACAAAGAAUCAAUGACGUCAUCAUUAGAUAGAAGCCCCGCAGUGACGUCACAGACCCGGGAAAGCCUUACCCGUGAGAAUACUCCGUCGGUACCAGUCGGCAGUCACAAUGCAUCGCGCACCGUAAACACUAAGGAAGUACCUGUUGGAUUACAAUAUGUGAUCAAUCUGGAUGAUUACAAUAACAAUUACAACAAACUUUUGCGAAUUACUGCUUAUGUGUUGAGAUUCGUACAACUACUGAAAUCGAAAGAGAAAUGCACCCAAGAUAAACCCAGUGCCACGGAAUUAAAUAAUGCAGAAAUACACUGGAUUACUGACAUUCAACAUGAACACUUUGCUGAUAUAUUCGUGUCUACCAAAAAUGACAAUAAGAAAUACGGCCAUCUUAGAAGCCAACUAAAGCUAUUUAUUGCCGAGGAUAAAUUACUACGCCUAGGCGGUCGUCUUCAAUACGCAGAUCUACCUUAUGAUACCAAACACCCGAUAUUGUUACCACGUGAUCAUCAGUUAACCCGACUUAUCGUACGAGCUACACAUGAUCGUAUCAUGCACCGCGGACCCCAGUCUACGGUUAACGCCUUGCGAGAUCGCUAUUGGAUAAAUUCUAUACGCCGCGUUGUGAAUCACGUGCUCCACAAGUGUGUGGUCUGCCGGAAAGUCAGCGGACCAGCUUACGCAAAACCGAUAUCUACUCCGCUCCCAGAAUGUCGGGUAACCGCGACACCUCCAUUUCGAAUCAGCGGUAUUGAUUAUACUGGCGCCUUAUACGUGAGAAGCGCACCCAACAAAACAGUAACUAAAGCGUAUGUUUGUCUGUUUACAUGCGCGACUACAAGGGCAGUUCACCUUGAACUCGUACCGGACAUGUCUACCCGAUCUUUCCUGCUAGCUUUUCGCCGAUUCGCUGCCCGCCGCUCAACUCCAUCAAUGUUAAUAUCGGACAAUGCUACUACAUUUAUUUCCGCAGCUCACGAACUGAGACGACUAAUGAACGACCCCGAAGUUCAAGCAUUGUUAGCGCAUCACCGUACAAUGUGGAAGUUUAUCCCGAAACGCGCGCCAUGGGUAGGCGGCUUCUACGAGCGUAUGAUUGGAAUAACCAAAUCAACUUUAAAGAAAGUACUGGGAAAAGCAUGCGUGACGUUUGACGAACUGCAAACUAUAUUAACAGAGGUAGAAUCUGUCAUAAAUGACCGCCCGUUGACGCACAUCGCUAGCCACGCAGACGACUUGGUACCACUUACCCCAUCUCACCUUAUGAUCGGGAGAAAUGUAUACAGUCUACCGUAUGACGCGUCAAACCACCUGAGUGAUCCUAUCGCUCUAACUCAUCAUAAUGUAAAUCUUCGCUUUGAACAUUUGGCAAAACUACAACGCCAAUUUGGGAAAAGGUGGUCAGCCGAGUAUCUCACCGCGCUCCGAGAACGCCACACUCACACCGCCGGAGGUGUGAAAAACAACACUAUAAAAGUGGGCGACAUUGUACUCGUUCAUAGCGACGUGGAGAAACGAGUGAAUUGGCACAUGGCAAAAGUUACCCGCUUACUACCCGGCAAAGAUGGACUUGUACGUGUCGUCGAAAUCAAGACCAAACUUGGAAAAACAAAUCGUCCCGUUAAUAAGUUGUAUUUAUUGGAGACGAGUCAAGUCGAAGAACAACGGACUAGCGCCAUACAGUCGCCACCAACCGUCCCGGAUGUCGACAACGAACAGCUGACUGAGGGAAAUCCAACUAUGACGUCACCAGUUACCGGGAAACCCCCGAAUGAGAACGGUGUCCCAGAAGACGCAACUGAGGACAGAGUAGACCAAAUGUCCCCCACCAAGAAUUCAAACACAACGCAGUCAUCGCGACCACGGAGAGAAGCAUUUGAAGUCGCCAACCUGCGUCUGAUGUACAAUAAUAAAUAA